AUGGGGAGAGGAGACGACGCUCUAGCCGGCCGGAAGGAAGAGAACAUCCCUGGCCAUGUGUUUGCAUCGAGCGACACCGAAAGGAAAAUAUACUUCAAGGGCCGCUACCUCUCGAUCUAUGACGAGACAACCGAGCACUAUUACACACACGUAGAUCACGACUUCCCGACGACAGACUAUGAGCGAUACACGGUUCCGCCCGGGUACACCGUGUACAUCCGAGGUGCGAGCGUGUACUUCGAGGUCUAG